AUUAGGUUCCAACUGGAAAGUGUGCCAACAAAUUAAAAAAAACGAGCGAUAAAAUUUGUAACUGAAGAUUUCGCAGUUAACUUUGAUUGAUCAGUUAAAAUGAAUUCUAAUAUAAGGAAGUGUACUGGGUGAAGCGUGCAUUCACAUCAGCGUCUCUUCACAGAAGGAGCUACUUAAGAAGCAAUUGCGAAUCGUUGAUCUGCGCUGCUUGUUCUCAAAUAUGGUAAGUUUUCUUCCAAUUUAGAACUCACAGUCAGUUAAACGUUUACUAAUAGCCACCUACGUAGCGUCUCAGUCCUUUGCUACAAAGGCCAAUCCUUUUUGUUCCGACUGACAGUCCUUAAAUUCCAUUUUAUGCUUUCUUCUCUUCAACACGGCCACCACCCUACCAUGAAGUAAUGGCCACCACAGUUCUGCCCUCAAUCAAGAAAACCUCAUCACGAUGGUCAUUAGAAAUCAAACUAUGCACAAAUUGACCUACUAACUAUGCCUUAGUCACUUAAUGCUUUGUUAAGGUUUUUUUCUUGACCGUUUGGGUUUGAGUAUGUUAUGUAAUGCAAUGCUCUUUCGAAACUACAAAAGUUCUACCUAAAUCACGUCAGCUCUGGAUUUUUGUGCGGUUGGCUUGUUUUACGUGCCCAGGAUAGUUUCUUAACCUAGUACAAAAAAAAGAAGCAAAGACCUCGCAGGUAGGUUUGUUUUUUUAACACUUUUAUCCUGAACAUUUUACUUUGGCCUUGAACUUGUUAGUAAUGAUGUUUUAAAAUAAGCUCUUUUGAAACACAUGAAAGACAGAGAAACUAGCGGAUUGAGGGCAAAGGCCUAUGGAAAUCAACUAUUUUGCAAGAACGCCUAAUCCACGAUUAUUAUGUUUUUUUUUUAUGUCAUGGCCGCUUGGUUGUGGGUUAUGUUUGAUGUCGACGUGGCUCAGUUAGGGCUGCUGUGAAUCAUUGUAGGUCGCUCUUAGUAAGUACAUUUGUAGGCUGCAAGACAGCCCGUAGUUUUUGUGUUAGAGUCUGCUAUCACACCCCAAGGAUCCAAACACGCUACAUGUGCUAUAAAAUUGGUCAUCUUGUCGUGUUAGUUCUAUCUAAAAUCAGUGGCACCCAACUACUGUUUUCUGUAAAAUAUCUGUUUGGAGAAGCAAAUGUUGCCUAGAAUUUUCUAUAGCUUGAGGACGGUUAAAAAUUUCUAGAUGAUGCACUUCCAUUCAUGUACAAUUUUCGAGGCUUAUUUAAUUAAUUCCCUACGAUUUUCGUAUAGUUUUUCACAUUUCACUCUCCAGGUCAGGGUAUUUUUCGUUGAAGAUAGGAAACCUAACAUUUUCGGAAUCAAAAAUGUGAUGGAGAGAGGAAUCAGAAAAAUUCUCUCUUUCGUAAAUCUUUAAACUGCAUCUAAAAGUUUCGGGAAAAUAAUAGUGAAGCCCUUGUAAUUUCGAAAAGACUAAAGUUGCCCUAGGAUGACCGAAGAGAUACAAAUUCUACAACGCCGCUUAGAAUGCAUUUCCAGAUAUAUAAAGCACUCUGGAUAGCCUAAAAAGUGUUUUAAAUGUAUUUAGGGGGAAACCGUCGAUGGGUGCCCCUGAAAAAUAGACAAUUGCAACUCUUUGUUGUACGGUGCAUGCAAGCGUUUGGUUGCGAAGUUGCAGAACGUUCAGAACGGUGCUGCACGUAUUAUUGUUAGACUAGGAAAACACGAACACAUUUCUCCUGUUUUGAAAGAACUUUACUGGCUACCAGUAAUGUAGAGCUUAUAGGAUGAAUUUCCUUACUUUUUAACGUAUUCAUGGUUUAGCCCCUAAUUAUUUACAAGAAUUAUUGGAUGGUCUACAAGUCUAAUGCAUCACUGCGCUCCUUCACGGAUGCGAUUAGACUGAACCUGGCUCGGUAUAAUAUGAAGUCUUAUGGACUGAGGUCCUUUUCUGUUUGUGGUCCCAACUGUGGAACGAAGUUCCAUCUGAAUUACGUGGGAUAGACAGUUUAAGUAUUUUUAAGACUAAGCUGAAAACGCAUCUUUUUAAAGGUAUAUUUCAAUUAAUUUUUGUUAGUCAGCUUUAUUUAUUUAUUUGAUCAUUUUUUUUCUCUUUUGUGAUUUGUUAACACUAGAAACAUAGGUUGAGAAUUGUAAGGCUCUUAGAACAAUUUGUAUAGGCCAUAAAUGUAUAAUAUAUAGAUUUAGCCAGGGCUAAAAGCGAGGCUCCCAUUAUAUAUUUAUAAUUUAAAUCAAACAAUAAACUUGUAUUCCACAAUUCAGUUAACUUUAGAGCACAUAGCACAUUCAUGUGACUUUUGAAGGAAAGGCUAAGUGAUUUUAGAGAAAAAUAAUUUGCAAACAGCCCAAGAGUGAACAAAAUCUUACAUCGAGUUGAUAACCUCAUAUGUACACCCAAAAAAUAGCAAUCAUCUUCGAUCACAUUUAAGAGCCAUAAUGGCUCUUGAUCACCGUAAGAUUAAUUAGGCCUGGAUAAAAAAUCAGGUUGAAUUUUUUUGCGUUCGACAAG